AUGAGACACGAGAGGGCGCUUGCGGACGCAGAUCCCGCUCUCCUCUGGCUAGUGCUUACCUACGACGAGACAUCCUGGGGACUUGCGCCGGGGCUGAUUUUGAAAAGACAACGAUCCUUCGAGGACUUCCUGGAGCUGCUCGCGGCCGCGAACCUGGACUUACUAAACGUGUCGCUCGGGCUCAUGACGAGCUCCGAGGCCGAAUACCACCACUUUAUACGAGCCACGGAGGACAUCCCCGUCGCUCGACUCACCAUCCUGAUGCACCCAGGGUUCAACACCACCGCGGCCCUCGAUCGAAAGCACCGGCAUGACAGCGAGGCUCAGACCGCACGUCGCACCGAGCUGGCUCAGCUGAGAAACUAUCUCAUGCUGAGUACCCUUCGUGAUGAGCGGCACGUGGUCUGGCUCGACGCCGACGUCUACCACUUGGACGAGGGCAUCAUUCAGCGGAUGAUUUCUCACUCCGAGUCUCGUGAAGACGCAGGCAUCAUCACGGCCCGGUGCGAGGCGCCAUGGGGUCCCAACUACGACCUCAACGCCUGGGCGGGGCCUCACAAACAUGCACACAGGGUGCCGGAACUGGUUAAGGACACCAGUGACGAUGAUCUCAUCCCUCUAACCUCGGUAGGCGCGACGCUGCUGUACAUCCGGGCAUCGCUUGUCCGCCAGGGGGUCAAUUUCCCACCGUACUACGUGAUCAAUACCAAAUGGACCGAAACCGGCACUGACGGUAUAGAAUCCGAGGGCAUGUGCUACCAGGCCAGGGGCUUGCAGGGUGGUGGAUGCUUUGUUCUCGGAGGAUCAUGGCACACAAAGCACGGGGAUUGA